GCGGUGUGUGAAAGCGACUGAUAAAGAGCUGCCCAUGAAGAAUCUUCUAUCACUGACAACUUCAUAUUCUUACUUGUAAUAGACUUCCAAGUCCGUAUAGAAAAUCAACUGUAUUGCCAAUUUUAUCCCCAUCCAACUUCCACACUCCACUACACGGUUAACGUCAAAGAAUAAAACUCGGCCCCCAGCGGCGGCUAUUUCCGUUCCCUAUAUCCUCUUUUCCCUUCCUUCUCCGGCGGAUAUCCGGCUCUCCGUCCCCGGAAUCCAUAAACCCCAAAAUAAUCAAAUCAAAUAAUACUCGCCGCCAAUUCAAAGAAUCUGUUUCGAAUUCCCAAAUCAAAUGUACAGAUCUGGAGCUGUAAUGGCGUGGAACGUCUUCAAGUUCUGCACGGCGCUUCGUGGUCUGGGCUCGAUCAUGAUCCUUUUGGUCCUCGGCGUUGUCGGUGUAACUUAUUAUGCUGUCGUCAUCACCAAUUACGGACCGAUCCUUGCCAGCGGCGGAGGCGUUUCCCAGACCCUUAUCGCUCUAAUUGUGCUCCUGCUUUUUCAUGGCUUGCUGGUGAUGCUACUAUGGAGUUACUUUUCUGUUGUUUUUACGGAUCCCGGUAGUGUGCCUCCCAAUUGGAGGUCAGCAUCGGAUGAAGAAAUGGGGGAGAGCGAGCCCUUGGCUGCAUCAGAUUUUGGCAGCUCACCAGCUGAUCUUCCACAACAAAGAGCCCGGUUCUGUAGGAAGUGCAACCAGAUGAAGCCACCUAGAUGCCACCAUUGUUCUGUUUGUGGCCACUGUGUAUUAAAAAUGGAUCACCAUUGUGUGUGGGUUGUGAAUUGUGUUGGUGCUUUGAACUACAAGUAUUUCCUUCUCUUCCUGUUUUACACAUUUCUUGAGACAACCCUUGUGACAUUAUCAUUACUGCCCGACUUUAUUGCGUUCUUCACUGAUGAAGAGGAGAUACCUGGUACUCCAGGCACCCUUGCAACAACUUUCCUUGCUUUUGUGUUGAACCUGGCUUUUGCUUUGAGUGUUUUCGGGUUUCUGAUUAUGCACAUGUCAUUGGUCUCGGGGAAUACCACAACUAUUGAGGCCUAUGAAAAGAAGACUACUCCAAAGUGGCGCUAUGACCUUGGUCGAAAGAGAAAUUUUGAACAGGUGUUCGGGACGGACAAGCGGUAUUGGUUUAUCCCAGGUUACUCGGUAGAAGAUUUAAGAAGGAUUCCGGCCCUUCAUGGGCUUGAGUAUCCUUCCCUGCCUGACAUUGAUGCCCAGGAGUUCUAGGCAAACAGUACUAAAGUUAAUCUCCACAGUACAAGUGACUACUGACCUUGUGAUGAAGGCCCAACUUUUUUUGAGACUGGAGGUGCUGUGCAUACCUGGCCUGAGUUAUUAUACUCGUAUGUCGUAUGUAAGAAAACAAAAUACCCGUGUUUCAUAUAUCAUGUAUAUCUAACAUCAGCAGUCCCUUCUUCAAUUUUGUGGAGAUUUUAGAGUGUAGAUUAAUCUUUCUGUAACACCGCUACUUUGUUGUAACAUUGUUAUGAUUACAUUUUACUAUUACUACUAAACAUACUGAAAUUUGAGGAGUUUUAAUGGAUUAUGCAAUUGAGUCUCCUGGGUCAUAUU